UUCUGUCGUUUCCUCUUUCUAGCGCUGCGCAGUGUUGGCGACACCUCCGGAGAGCGGUGCGCAUUUUCUCUGGAAAAGAGAGGACCAGCGCAUCUGAAGUCGGCUUUUUUUUUUACAGCCGAAGCGGACCGAUCAGAGGCAACACUGCAAUCUGACAUCCGAGGGAUUGCGGGUUCCUCUUUUAUUUUGAAAUUCGUUUAAUGCACUGACGCUGGAGGAGCAGCCAAACCUGGUGCACCCUGCAAAACGGGAUAUUUGACCGAUCUAAGGAGGAGGCUAUUGAUUCUCGUUUCGCCGUUUAGCAAGGAUAUUUUUUAAACUUAGCUUCAUUUUUCAUUCAUCAUCUAUUAAAAAAAUAAAUAGUUAUCGCUUUGUGGUGAGAAAAAAAAAGCCUUUAUUGCCAGCUGAGUGUUGCAUAACCGAGUGGCAUUAGCUGUCCAAGGUGCUGAACUGAAACGAUCGGAGCCUAAAACGGGACGAGCCGAGGGGAAUUCACAACCUUGCAAGGUCACAGGCCUAUCCAUCGGGGGGGGAGAGGAAAGCACGGGACCGAUCACUGAAGCACCGGGGAAGCUGCUGGUUUUUAGUCAUACAUUUCCUCCAUCGUCCCGAGGUGAAACACAUUCCUGAGGUGGUCGAUUCCGCGGAGAGAAAAUGUCGGGGCAAACGCUCACGGAUCGCAUUGCCGCUGCGCAAUACCAGCUAACGGGAUCAGAUAUGGCCCGAGCUGUGUGCAAAGCCACCACUCAUGAAGUGAUGGCGCCCAAGAAAAAGCACCUGGAGUACCUGGUGUCAGCCACCAACACCACCAAUGUGAACAUCCCUCAGAUGGCCGACACGCUGUUCGAGCGAGCCACCAAUGCCAGCUGGGUGGUCGUCUUUAAGGCCCUCGUCACCACUCAUCACAUGUGUGUCCAUGGCAACGAGAGGUUCAUUCAGUAUUUGGCUUCCAGGACCUCCCUGUUCAACCUCAGCAACUUUAUUGACAAAACCGGCUCUCACGGCUAUGACAUGUCUACAUUCAUCAGACGGUAUGGACGAUAUCUGAACGAGAAAGCCUUUGCCUACCGCCAGAUGGCUUUUGAUUUCACCAGAGUCAAGAAGGGUGCUGAGGGUGUGAUGAGGACUAUGACCACUGAGAAGCUGUUGAAAGGCAUGCCUGUCCUGCAAACUCAGAUUGACACACUCCUGGAGUUUGAUAUUCAUCCAAAGGAGCUGAACAAUGGGAUCAUCAAUGCGGCAUUUCUGCUGCUCUUCAAGGACCUGGUCAAACUGUUUGCAUCCUACAACGACGGCGUCAUCAACCUGUUAGAGAAAUACUUCAAGAUGAAGAAGAGUGACUGUAAGGAGGCCUUGGAGAUCUACAAGCGGUUCCUGACCAGGGUGACAAAGAUCGGGGAAUUCAUGAAGCUGGCUGAGACUGUUGGAGUUGAGAAAAACGACAUUCCCGACAUCAACUACGCUCCCAGCAGCAUCCUGGAGAGUCUGGAAACACACAUGAAUGGACUGGAGGAUGUAAAGGGCGGAAAGAAGGGUGAAGGGUCUCCAACAAAGGGCUCUCCAACGAACAAUGUAUCGCCAACAUCCACUCCAGCCAAAUCUUCAAACGCUGUCCCCACACUGCAGCCUCCUCCUGGGGAGAGUGCUGCUGCUGCUGCUGCUCCUGAGCCGGCUGAAGAUUCCUUGUUGGACCUGGAUCCACUGUCCUCCUCGGGUCCCUCAGGCGGGACAUCAGCUGCUCCCACAUCUUGGGGAGAUCUCCUUGGAUCAGAUACCUUUUCAACACCCGCUCCUACCACUGAGGCCUCUGCAGCCACUGCUGAAGGUGGUGCCGCUGCUUCGCCUGCCCCUGCUACGAACGCCGGAGCUGACCCCUUUGCCCCCUCGGAAGGUAGCACCAACACAACGUCUCCAGGUCUAGACCUUUUCAGCAUGAUGACAAUGGAGAAUAAUAACCUGGGAAGUUCCCUGGAUGCCUGUUUUAGCUCUGUGGUGCCCUCCCCCUCCCCUUCAGCUUUUCUCACCUCCAGUACCAUCACCACCACCGCAACCAUUUCAGCUCCCAUAUCCCCCAGCGCCGCCAGCCCUGCGACUGACCUUUUCAGUGAUAUUUUUGAUUCCAUGCCAGACACGAGCUUGACCAAAGCAGACCCCACUCCCAGUGCUGACUUGUUUACAGCAGCGGAUGUGUUCAGCUCCCCUGCCCCCAUUCUCUGUUCUGCACCCCCACCCAAAAUUGGCACAGGAGCCAUCAUGAACCUUUUUGGUGAGUCCACAGGAGGAGACGCUACAGCUGCUGCUGCUGCUGCGCCUGCUGCCCCUGGUGCUGAACUCAUGUCAGUAUUUGAUGGAUUAGGAGAUGUAAUGAAGCCCACUUUGACCCCUCAGGGGGGUGAUGUUGACACCUCUAUGGCUAACAUGGCGAGUAAUCUCUCAAUGGGAACUCCAGCGGCUCCUCAGGUAGCUCCCCCAUGUUGGGGUGCUCCCAUGACCGUACCCAUGGGGGUCCCUUCUUUUAUGGGGACUUACCCUGGCUUCAGCAUGCCUGGGGCACCAGGAGCUCCCAUGAUGCCGAUGGUGAGGCCGGGUUUCCCUGCGACCGGGGCGACUCCUGGGGCACCGAUGUCUCCCGGAGCAGCCCAGAGCCCCAGGAAGCCUCCACCACCGAGGAACGCUCUGGAUGACCUCAACAUUAAGGACUUCAUGUAGACUGACUGACCUGUAAACCCCCAAGGUCUGCAUUGUGUCUGGAGCUCUGUGGAUGUGGAUGUCUGCACUUUCCCACUGCCUUCCCCUCAGUCAUGCCCUUCAGCCAACCAGCCAUUUCAUCAACCAUCUCUGCCCUCCUUCGCCCUGAAGAAACCUGCCCUCCUUAUCUAAUGUUGUAGCACAACUGUGAAUGUGAACCCUAGAUACAGAAAACAUAAACCCGUUUGUGUGUGUGGGUGUGCGUGUAUAUCAGUGUUAACCUUUACUUAAUAUACUAUGGAAAAACGAACAAAAAAAAUAAAUUAAUGUGUAUUUAGAUUCAUCCUGGAUUUCUGCGUAUCAGCUGAUUGGAAUGGUGGAUAUAUGUUGGUUUCUUUGCGCAUCUCCCAGAUGAGGACCGUGUUGUUAAAUGUGGACUGUGUUCGGUGUGUGUAACUUCACUGGCCAACCUCCCACUCCCACUCCUCUGCCCCUGUUGUUCAAACUAAUACUGAGCUAUGUUAAUGUCAUUAAAACUUGGUUGUACCUAUAUCUGCUUGGCCAUCCAUCCUCCCAGCUGUCUACUUCAACAACUCUGAAUCGAAAACGUACCUGAGAACAACUUGAACUGCAAAUCUGGACUUAUCAUCAAACUGUCUUCUGUUUAUUCUUUUCUUCUUCUUUUUUUUAGGGAUUGUAUGAAACAUGCAAAUUUUUUCAGAACUUUGUUCAAAUUGACAUAUGCAUUUAGACUAUUUUAAAUUAUAGAUUUUACAUAUUUUCUUUAACUUUAUUUUGAGAGAAAAAAAAUGUAUCAUAUAUUUUUAGUUACUUCUAACAAUAUGGUUGAAAAAAGGCAAGUAGACGCAAAACCCCGCCUUCUUUGUACAUACCUCUCAAUCUGUAAUCAGGCAUAGUUGGAUGAAACUUUGCCCUGAGUGUUUACUAUUGCGCCAUCUGCUGGUGUGGAGUGAUACUGCAUCGUAGCAUGCAACACAAGUCAAUCUGGGAUGCAUUUUAAUACUCUCAGAGAGCUCCUCUCCUUGUCUCUGUGUCCCCACUAUGACAUACUAUCCUGGUGGAAUUUUAAACUGACAAGGAAGCGUUUGUGUUUGUAAUUGGCCUCAGUCUUCUUUGGGUCGUUUAAGCGGUUGGUACAUUUGGUCAUUGGUAGUCUUGAGGACUCUCUUUGUAAAGCACUCAAGUAAAAGCUGGAUGUUUUGUGUGAUGUUUAUUUCCAAAAGUGACUGUAUCUUAAUCCAUUGUGGCAUCAACAAAGUGUUGAAAGAAAAAUAAAGACGACUAUGACACAUAAAAACAAAAAGAAUGUGGAAAAACGCUGUUUGCUAAGUACUCA